AUGACUCAUUUUACAAAGUGUAAUUAUUGUCCACAUAAAUUUCUUGCAAAUUAUUGUGAACAACACCUUAAAAAAUCUACCAAAGUUUCCACAAAAUGUUGUAGUAUUGAUAUAGAUGAAGAUGAAUUAUAUUGGGAAAAUGAAGAUAAUGAAUUAUCAGAAGUGAAAAGGAAUUUAAAUGAUGAAAUUAUGAAAGGUGAUGGAGAAAGUGAUAAUGGAUCAAAUAAGUCAGAUAGCAUAGUUGAAUUUUAUGAAUCAGAUGGAUAUGAAAAUGCUUAA